AUGGCCCGCGAGUAUGAUCAUUUGUUUAAAUUGCUUAUUAUUGGCGACAGCGGUGUUGGGAAAUCCUCGCUGCUGAUACGGUUCUCCGAUAAUACAUUCUCCGGAAGCUACAUUACCACGAUUGGGGUGGAUUUCAAGAUACGCACAGUUGUGAUCAAUGGCGAACGAGUGAAGCUGCAAAUCUGGGACACGGCCGGACAGGAGCGGUUUAGAACGAUCACCAAUACCUACUACCGGGGUACACACGGCGUCAUCGUGGUGUACGACGUGACCAAUGGCGAAUCGUUCGGUAACGUGAAACGUUGGCUGCAGGAGAUCGAAUCUAACUGUGACAUAGUCAAUAAAGUACUAGUUGGCAACAAAAAUGACGAUCCAACUCGCAAGGUAGUUACCACGGAGGAUGCGGAACGUUUCGCCAACCAGAUGGAGAUCAAACUGUUCGAAACAUCCGCCAAAGAUAACAUCAACGUGGAGGAUAUGUUCCUCGCCAUCACCGAGCAGGUACUGAGGCAUAAAAAGCAAACACAGAAACAGCAGCAAGCGGAAACGAACAACGAUACAGUACAGCUUAAAAAGGGUACGCACAAAAAGAAGAACAAAUGUUGCUAA